UCUACGUCAGCUUCCGAAAGGAAGUCACGUGCGCGCUGCCUGGCUGCGCGGGGAGGCUGCCAUGGUCCACGCCUUCCUGCUGCACACGCUGAGCCCGCGGCCCGGGGACGCGGCAGGGCCCUGCCGCCUGCUGUACUCCAGGGUCUUCGGGUCGGAGCGGCCGGACGUGGCGCCGGAGCCUCCUGGGCUGCAGGAGCUGGAGAGGGAGCGGCUGGGCCAGAAGGAGCGGAUGCUGGUUGUCGCCAGGCAGGUGGACACGAUGUGCAAGCUGCAGCAGCAGGUCUCGGGGCGUCCCGCCGCUGACAUCGUCCUCCAGCUGCCCGACGAGCCCAUGUCCUUGCAAGAUGCCCCAGCCGGGCUAUUUCGUCUGCCUGCCGGGGACCCCUUCGGGGACAGAAAGACGGUGCUGUGGCUGGGGGUGCUGUCCCUGGGCUUCGUCCUGGUGUGCGACCCGCACGAGAACUUGAUGCUGGCUGAGAGCACCCUGCGGCUGCUGGCACGGUACCUCCUGGACCACCUCCGGCUUCUGGGGCCAGGCAGUGACAUCGUCCUCAAGGCCGACAAGACCGAGGUCAUCCUGAACAAGGUCCUGCCCCACGGCCAGCUGCUGUUCCUCAACGACCAGUUCGUGCAGGCGCUGGAGAGGGAGCUGAGCGCCACCCUGCCCAAAUAGGGUGCUCUGACUGCAGGGGGGUGGGAAGACCGUGGGACAGCUGCUUGUCACGUGGUCAUGGCAGAAACCCCCCCCCGUCACUUGCUCCAGUUAGACAGGAGCUAGGGCUGGAGUCUGCAGUGCAGCCAGCUUCCCUUUCUCUGGCUGGUGUGAGAUUAGGAGCCAGCUUGCCUGUCUCCUGCAGGGAGAUCCCCCCACAGACGCAGGGGCCUGGGGAAGCCAGGGGGAAAAUAAAAGCAAGGCCAGGAAGGAGGUCAGAGCUGCCAAGGAGCAACCAGCAGCAAAGCACAGGGAGUAGACACUGCUUCGAGCAUCUCUGCCCUAGGGGGUGCUCAGAUAAAGGCCUUGGGGCUUAGGGAGCAUCACUUCCAUCCCCUUCCUGCACGGAUGGGUGGACAGGGCAAGGAACAGCGCCGACACAGCCUUUGCACCGCAUUGGCACCUGACUAGACCGAUUAAAGCAGCCCGUGGACUGCA